AUGGUGGACUACUACGAGGUGCUGGGCGUGCCCCGGCAGGCCUCCUCGGAGGCCAUCAAGAAGGCGUACCGCAAGCUGGCGCUCAAGUGGCACCCCGACAAGAACCCGGAGAACAAGGAGGAGGCCGAGAGGAGAUUCAAGCAGGUGGCCCAGGCCUAUGAGGUGUUGUCGGACGCCAAGAAACGCGACGUCUACGACCGCUACGGCGAGGCGGGCGUGGAGGGCGGCGGCGCGGGCGCAGGCCCCUUCGAGGACCCCUUCCAGUUCGUCUUCACUUUCCGCGACCCUGCUGAGGUCUUCAAGGAGUUCUUCGGCGGCAGGGACCCUUUUUCGUUUGACUUCUUCGGAGACCCGCUUGAGAACAUUUUUGGGGGUCGGAGAAGCAACCGGGGAAGCAGAGGGUCCGCACCCCUUUUCUCUACCUUCAGUGGCUUUCCAGCUUUUGGGGGUGGUUUUUCUCCUUUUGAUACAGGAUUUACUUCCUUUGGUUCCCUUGAAAAUGGAGGCCUUUCUUCCUUCUCCAUGUCUUGUGGCAGUGGUGGGACAGGCAGCUUCAAGUCCAUGUCAACUUCCACCGAAAUAGUUAAUGGCAAAAAAGUCACCACCAAAAGAAUCAUUGAAAAUGGCCAAGAAAGAGUGGAAGUGGAAGAAGAUGGAGAGUUAAAGUCCCUGGUAAUAAAUGGCAGAGAGCAGUUGCUACACAUCGACACCAAGUAA